GAUUAGCGGCCGAAUUGAGCGGUGUCAAACUCUGUAUGAAGGUGGCAACCGCGAUAUUUGUCUGCGUUUUCGGCACGUGUCCAUAAACCUGAAGGAGAUCGAAGACUAUGUACGGACUCCAGCAAAGGAUGAACACUGAAACAUCGUCAACACAGGAAAUAUUGGCAUUGGUCGCAUCCCAAAGAAUAGCGUCACCAGAGGAACCGGUUGCAUCCACUUCCACUCUGCAAGAUCGAUCAACAUCACCUCAGGAAUCACCAAUUGCUCAACAAUCACCACUAAUUGAGACACCAUCACCCAUGAAGGACACACCAUCUAAUCAGCAACCACCAUCAAUUCACACUUUAUCAUCCUCGCAGAAAUCACCAUCUUUUAAGCAGUCAGCAGUCAUAUCAGCCCAACAGUCGCCACCAUCCCGAAGAAAACAAAGGAAGAUAUACUUUUCUAGUUCAGAAUCUGAACCAUUUGAAGAUUCUGAAGAUUCCUAUAAGCCAAGUGAAUCUGAAAGUGACACAUCUUCUACAGAAGAUGGAGACGAACCUUCGUUGAAGGAAGAUGGCACCUGCGGAACAGUAAAUAUUGACAAGUGGGGACCUUGCACCGAUUCAAUUUUCAGUUUUCUGGACAAGGUGGGCUGCAAAUAACGUGAAUUUAUCUG